AUGCGCUCUAAGGCAAACGGCCGAUCCACACAGGACCAACGACCGCAACAACAAGACCAGGACGCCUCCAAGCCAGAAGACGAUAUCCCCGCUUGCCAGUCCUGCCGCAAGAAAAAGGCACGAUGUAGUCGCGAGCAACCAUGUUCGCAAUGCGUGCGCUUUGAUGUCGCAUGCGUUUACGAUGACCGUCGGCUGAAGCCUGGGCUACGUGCAGGGGCUGUUGAUCAGCUCUAUCGCCGGAUUGACACACUAGAGAACAUGUUUCUCGGACAAAGCGUUCUGUGGAAGCAGGUCUGGGAGGCACUUCAUCCUAACUCUGCCUUCCCUGGCGCUCCAGAUGAGGAUUUACAUAAUGAGGAAACGCCGAGUAGACAAUUCGCCCACGCGCGGGAAGCCAUGAAAAAAUCAAUGCUACAGCUUGCUGAGACCAAGGACAAGGCAGGGCCUUCCAUGGAGGCAGAACAGAACGAGGAUAGUGAUUUUCGGUCGCCAAAGCGACGAAAGGUCGGCAUGUUGUCCACUCCUCAGCAGUCGCUAAGGAGCGGGACAGACUUCGACAUCCUCAACUCGGACCUGGUCCACCACCUUGUCGAAUUUUACUUUGCGAACAUCCACCACUGGAUUCCAAUUCUGCAUGUGAGAAGAUUUCGUGAGCAGAUUCAGUCUUACAAGGGACGCCAGAAGGCCAUUCAUGUCCUGCAUGCUAUUGUUGCGUUGUGUAGCCGGUUCUCCAACGAUAGCCGCCUGGGAAGCGAUACAGAGAAGGCCGAACUGGCAGAGAAAAGUAGGCAGAAGGUCAUCUUGAGCAGCAUGGAGUCAUUCUCGGUCGAAAACCUCCAGGCUCUAGUGAUCAUUGCUUUUGAUACAAUUGGUCGUGGACGUGGCCCAUCGUCAUGGUCCAUCGUAGGAGGUAUGGCUCGCACAGUAGAGCAACUUCAACUGAGCGUGGAAGAAGAGCAUCUUUCGAGCCAUUCUCAAUCUGGCGAAACUCUAAUACGGCGCAUGGCAUUUCUGAAACCAUCCACCUCCUGGGGCGAAGCGGAAGAAAGACGACGCGUCUUCUGGACCGUGUUCCUUAUGGAUCGCUUCUGCAGCGUAUCCACCGGUUGGAAUAUCAGUCUGACCAGCGCAGAUGUUAAACGGCGACUACCCUGCGAAGGAGCACUUUGGGAGCAGGGGACUGAAGCAAGGCCGCCAUAUUUUGGCAUCUCGGAUGCAAAAGCCGCUAGCCCACAUCGCCCCUUACUGACGGAAAGCCGGAUGACGGCCGAUCCAAAGGAGCAAGAUUGUAUCGGGGGAUUCGCUUACUGCAUCGAAGCCACCGAGUCGCUGGCAUUAGUCACCAAUUUCUUUCUUCACCACGCCCUCGACAUCCGGGAUGCGGACAAAGCGCAGCUCUGGCUCAUGCGGUUCAAAGAGCUUGAUCUCCGUAUGGUCCAAUGGAAGCUUUUUCUUCCCCCAAAAUGGCGGGACGCGUCAGUCCUUAAUGCCGAUGGUAUCAUGGACCCUAACCUUACUCUUGCACAUACAACACACAACACAGCUGUAAUACUCCUCCACCAAGGAAUUGCCUACCCACCAUUACACUGGCAGUCCUGCCCAGUCAAACUUCCUUCAACCUCAUCGGCAGAAACUUGUCUCGAAGCUGCUUCAGAGAUCAGUACGAUUGGCCAGCAAUUUCUUCUUUGCUCCCCCAUCCUCACCAACCCCCAGUUCUCCUUCUGCCUCUUUAUUGCCGGUAGAAUGCUCCUCACACAUUCCAAGUACUACGGUACUCCAAUACCCAGCUCGUUGGAUUCACUUAUUGCCAGUUUGUUCGAAGUCUCCCGCCGAUGGGCAGGGCCGCAAGAUGUACACGGUUGCCAAAAGGAUAACCUCGCCUCGGGCUUUGCUAAGCGAUUGGUUCAAGCAAGGGACAACUUCCCUGCGCUAUCCAAACCAAGCUUAGAUAUCCGACAGACAGCAUACUCGGAAAAUACUGACGAUAGAGCACCUUCCAAGCAUGUAGAAACGGUCUCUACACCAACAGUACUCGAAGCCUCCUCGGUGCUACCAAGCAAUGCGUACGCGGAACAGGAGCCCCCACUGCCUAUACCCGAUAAUCACUCUGAUACCUCGGUUGGCUUGGCGUUCCCUCCUCUCCCCUUAUCAUUCCAGCAGACUCUCCAGAGUUUCACCGAUGUAGAUCCAUUUGGUAUUUCACUGGCAGAUCGAGAUCAGUUCAACCCUCAACCGUCACAUGUAUCCAUCUGGAACAAUGCGACAAGCUCGCUAUACACUGAUGCACCCAUUGCAUUGAAUUGCGCGUCACCGGAGCAUCCGCAAACAACGCUAAGUCCUGGGCAGAGGAUCAGUCGCUAUGGUGCAGUGGGAGUGGGUCGAACUGCUGUGAUGGGCGAGGGUUCCGCACAUCUUGGCCACAGUACUUAA